UUUACACCUUUGAGAUUUUUUUGUUCUCACUCCCGGUCACUCGUCGUCAGCCAUGUUCUCUGCUAAUCUAAGCUCACCCUCUCUCCUCUGACCUCCGAAUCCAAGCCGGCCAUGGAAGCUCGCGCGUAUAUAUAAUGGCGAUCACCGCGCAUUAGCCAGGUCAAAGGAAGAAAGCUCCUCCCAUGGAUUCCAAAACCGGCUUUUCUGAUUCCAACGAGAUCCUGAGCAACAGCAACAGCAGCAUAUGCUGCGUGGGCCAACAACUGCCCUCGUCGUCGGAGAAUUCACCGCCGUCGGAUGUCUCGGCCCUAAACCGGCUCUCGGAGAAUCUCCGGUCGGCCUUCAAUUCCCCGGAGUUCGACUUCUUAGCCGACGCGAGGCUUGUCGUGAGCGGCGGCCGGGAGGUCCCCGUCCACCGGUGCAUUCUGGCGGCAAGAAGCGGAUUCUUCCGGAACAUGUUCUGCGGAUCGCGGGAGAAGGGUUCGAGAUUCGAAUUGAACGAGUUGGCAAAGGGUUACGAGGUUGGGUUCGAUCCAUUGGUGGCGGUUUUGGGUUAUUUGUAUAGCGGAAAGGUUGGGGCGUUAGCGAAGGGGGUUUGCCUAUGCGUGGACGAGGAUUGCUCGCACGCGGCUUGUCGGCCGACGGUGGAUUUCAUGGUUGAGGUGCUCUAUGCUUCUUUCACGUUUCAGGUCUCCGAGUUGGUGGCGCUUUACCAGAUGCAUCUUUUAGAUAUUCUUGACAAGAUUGCAAUCGAUGACGUCUUGGUGGUUCUAUCUGUUGCAAAUGUGUGCGGUAAAGCCUGUGACAGGCUGCUAGAGAGGUGCAUUGAGAUUAUUGUUAAAUCUGAUGUUGAUGUUGUUACUCUUGAUAAGGCCUUGCCCCAACACACUGUUAAACAGAUAAUGGAUUCGCGGUUGGAGCUUGGCUUUGAAAAUUCCGAAGGUCACAUCUUUCCCGACAAACAUGUGAAGAGAAUCCAUAGGGCUCUAGAUUCAGAUGAUGUUGAAUUAGUGAGGAUGCUAUUAAAAGAAGGACAUACAAAUCUUGAUGAUGCUCAUGCGCUCCACUAUGCUGUGGCAUACUGCGAUGCAAAGACUACGACAGAGCUGCUUGAUCUUGGACUCGCUGAUGUUAAUUGCAGGAAUGCUAGGGGAUACACUGUUCUGCAUGUUGCUGCAAUGCGGAGAGAGCCUAAGAUUAUAGUAUCUCUUUUGAUAAAAGGAGCACGACCAUCAGAUCUUACCUUGGACGGUAGAAAAGCACUUCAGAUAACAAAACGGCUAACGAGGGCUGAAGAUUACUUUAAGUUCUCCGAGGAAGGCAAAGCUUCUCCCAAUGAUCGGUUAUGCAUAGAGAUAUUGGAGCAAGCUGAAAGAAGGGAUCCAUUGUUGGGAGAAGCUUCAAUGUCUCUUGCCAUGGCAGGUGAUGAUCUGCGGAUGAAAUUGUUGUACCUUGAGAAUAGAGUUGGACUGGCGAAACUUCUAUUUCCCAUGGAAGCCAAGGUCGUAAUGGAUAUUUCUCAAAUUGAUGACACUUCUGAGUUCUUAGACGGGCUAAGUUCGAAGAAUUUAAAUGGUGCUAAGAGAAAAACAGUAGACUUAAAUGAAGCUCCUUUCAAGAUUCAGGAGGAGCAUCUGAUCAGACUGAAAGCACUUUCUAGAACUGUGGAACUUGGGAAACGCUUCUUCCCUCGUUGCUCAGAAGUACUAAAUAAGAUCAUGGAUGCUGAUGACUUGUCACUGCUAGCAUACCUGGGACAUGACACUCCUACAGAACGUCUGGUAAAGAAAAGGAGGUAUUUGGAACUGCAAGAAGUGCUCAGUAAAGCAUUCAACGAAGAUAAAGAAGAAAUCGAUUGGUCUGCAAUAUCAUCUUCUUCAUCUUCCACUUCAAUUGUAAGGCCAGGUGGUAAGCUCAGCAUCAACAAAUAAGGACUUUGGCAAAUUAUAAGGUGCAGCGAUUUGUUGUCUUACCAUACUCAAUUUUUUCUUCUUGGUUUAGCUCUUUCAUUCUAGUUUUUCUUUGUUCGUUUUUCUUC